AGAAAAUUUUGAUUACAUAGUUUUUAAAAUAUAAAAAAUGAUUUCAAGCCAACUUGUUCUAAGUGAUUCAGAGGAUGAAGAAAAUGCAGAAAUUUUAUAUGGUCACUUUACUGCUGAUAUUGUUGGCAUUAGGUAUUAUAAUGGAAGAGUAAACAACAAAGAAAUGGUUUCUCUCUAUCGGGAACCCCUUAAUCAAUAUGAUAAAAAUGCAAUACGAGUUGACAAUGUUUCUGGACAACAAGUUGGACAUAUUAAGAAAGAACAAGCAGCUGUGCUUGCAAUUGUGAUGGAUAAAAAAUAUGCUAAAGUUGAAGGUGUUGUUCCAUUUGGAAAGAAUAAUAAAUUUUCAAUGCAAUGUGAUAUAUCUUUAUAUGGCGUUCCUGGGGAAAACAUGGAUAAAUGUUUUGCUUUAAUGGAAGCUAAUGGCUAUAGACUUAGUGGAGGAGUCAAUGAAAGUUUCAUUAGACAACCAUCUUGGGGUAGUUCAUGGGCUAUGUCACAAAUUAAUCAACAGAAAAAAAAGCCUUCUUAUGUUGCAAAUAAAUUCAGUGCUGGCAAAUUAAUAAAACUUUCAAAAGAUAAGGUCAAUAAAGAACUUGAAAGUUUGUUUGAAAAUCUUACUGAAGUUGCUAAGAAGCUGCAGAGUCAAGAACCUUCCCAGGUUGUUAAAACAAGUCUUUAUCCUCAUCAAAAACAAGCAUUAUGGUGGAUGUCGUCCUGUGAAAAUAGUACAGAUUUACCUCCAUUUUGGACAUUUGUUGAUAAAUGGUAUUGUAAUUCUUGUACAAAUUUUAUGACAGAAACAAGGCCAAGUUCUCUUAAUGGUGGACUUUUAGCUGAUGACAUGGGUGUUGGAAAGACACUAUCGAUGAUUGCACUUAUUGCUACAAACUAUAGACAUAAAAAGCCACUCGUUGAUAUCAAAUCUCAAAGUACAAAAAGAAAACAUUGUGAUAACAGUAUUUUAAUCUCAGAUGCACUUGUAAAUAUUCCUGAAAAUGAUGAUAAACUUCUUAACUCUCCUCAAAAUGAAAAUAUUUCUUCAUAUGAAAAUCUACUUCAUCCUAAUUUAGAAGACAAUAAUUAUAAAGUAAAAAAAAUGAGAAUAAAUAAAAGUUACAAAUCAAGACCAACAAAUAAAAGCAAUAUCAAAAAAGAAAUAUCUGAAAAUAAUACAGUUACUAUUGCAUCUUCAAGAUCACGAAGGUUUGCUACAAAGAAGCCUUGUUACACUUUUAGCAGCGAUGAAAGUGGUGAUGAACUUCAAUCACCAGUUAAAUAUAAUUUAGUUCACAAAAAUGUUUGCAGAAUAGAUAAAACAGAUGAUAGUAUCACAGAUAUUGCAUUUAAAGAUAGUGCUGUCAAAAAUGAUACUGUUGCAGACAAAAGUGUCAAAGAUAACAUUGAUAGAGAAAACUCACCUUCAUUUAAUUGCACCAGAGUUGAAUUUCCUGGACCAAGGGCUACUUUGAUUGUUUGCCCUGUUUCUGUGCUAUCUAAUUGGCAGGAGCAAAUAAAGACACACCUUAUAGAAAAUUCUCUUGAUGUCUAUACUUAUUAUGGUAACGAUAAAAUGCAGGACCCUGAAUUGUUGUCUAAGAAAGAUGUGGUCUUGACAACUUAUCAGACAUUAUGCUCCGAUUUUAAAGUUUCGUCAACACUGCACAAAGUAAAAUGGCUACGUGUCAUACUUGAUGAAAGUCAUGUUAUACGAAAUACAUCCACAAGUCAAUCAAAAGCUUGCUUAUCAUUAGACGCAGAGCGACGCUGGUUGAUUACUGGGACUCCAGUUCAAAACUCAAUAAAAGAUUUAUGGUCUGUUGUUAAUUUUUUGCGUAUAGAGCCAUUUACAAAGAGAGAAUGGUGGACCAGAUCAGUAGAGAGGCCUAUUCAAAAUAAUGAAAAAGGAUCUAUUAAACGACUCCAAAAACUAAUGUCAAUAAUCUCAUUGCGCCGAACAAAAUCAAACAAAGUGGAUGGAAAAAGUUUGAUUAAGCUUCCAAAAAAAACUAUUUUUAUUCAAAAAAUUAAACUCACAAAAGAAGAAAGAGAUCUUUAUAACAUGUUUAAAAAUGAAGGUCGUUCUAUAUUGGAAAGUUAUGUAAAGGAGAACUCAUUGAAUGAAAACUUUGCACAUGUCCUUGUAGUUUUAAUGAGACUACGACAACUGUGUUGCCACCCAAAAUUAUGCAUGCAAAUUGUAGAUUUUGCAUCUAAAUUUUCUCAUUCAACCUCAUCUACAGAAUUUGUAAAAAAACUGCAACAAAUUUUGUCUGUCCUUCUAUCGUCUGGUGAUGAGGAGUGUCCGGUUUGUUUGGAUUCACUUAAUCAACCAGUUAUAACACACUGCGCGCAUCUUUUUUGUAAACAAUGUAUUGAAGAUGUGAUUCGUACUGAUAAACCAAAAUGCCCUUUAUGUAGAAAGGAAGUUACAAAGGAUAAACUUGUUGAACCGGAAGUAAAUGAAGAUAACCCGUCGAUAACUUGCUCUGAAAAAUGGAGUUCAAGCUCAAAGGUUGACACUUUAAUUACCCUGCUUAAUAAAGAGAGAGAGGAAAACGGUUGCCGUAAACACCUAGUCGUUUCACAAUUUUCAAGCUUCUUGGAUCUAUUAGAGAAACCGCUAAGUGAAUCUCAUUACAAAUUUGUUCGUUUAGAUGGAAAAAUGUCUUUUCAACAACGCAACACUGCUAUAUCGCUAUUUUCUUCUGUAUCAGAUAGCUCGCCAACUAUUAUGCUUUUAUCUUUAAAAGCUGGUGGCCUUGGUAUAAAUUUGACAAAAGCCACAAGAGUUUUUCUUAUGGACCCGGCAUGGAAUCCUGCAACUGAAGAUCAGUGCUUUGAUCGAUGUCAUCGACUUGGUCAAACUGAAGAAGUUAAAAUUUAUAAGUUCAUUGUAGAAGAUUCUGUUGAAGAAAAAAUGCUAGAACUGCAAGAAAAGAAGCGCGAGUUAAUGUCGAAUGCUUUUGGCAAAAUGGAGACGGCUAAAGAAAAACAGAAAAGGCGGAUUUUGGACGCACAAAAUCUUCUCGAUUUAUGAAUAAAUGAACUAUUUGUCCGUGAUUUAUGAAUAAAUUAUGAGCUGUUUGAACAAAUUUCAAUAUUUGUUGCAUGAAGAUCUUAUAAAAUUUCUUAACUCAAUCUCAUAACAAGCUUGCAUUCGGAUACGGAAGAGUCAAUUCAGCCGAAAUGGUUCAAAGAUCUAAGAUCCGUUUUCAUAAAAUGUAAAAUUCUCGACGUGGAUUCAUAAAAAAAAUCAAGGACCUAGAAAAAACUAAAAAAAAAAAUAAGGAUUUAUAAGUAAUUGUUUUAUUCUUUAAUUUUUAGUAAACAUUCUUGUGUUAUCAUGUUUAUCAGAAAAAUCUAAUUAUUUAGCCUUAAUGUAAAAUAAAAUUGAUAAAAGAAAGAAAUGGAAAAAGAUUGUA